AUGGUGAACAUUCCGAAAACCCGUAUGACCUACUGCAAGGGCAAGGAGUGCAAGAAGCACACCCAGCACAAGGUCACCCAGUACAAGGCCGGCAAGGCCUCGCUGUUCGCGCAGGGUAAGCGUCGUUACGACCGCAAGCAGUCCGGUUAUGGUGGUCAAACAAAGCCCGUGUUCCACAAGAAAGCCAAGACCACCAAGAAGGUCGUCCUCCGGUUGGAAUGUGUCAAGUGCAAGACCAAGCUGCAGCUGGCUCUGAAGCGAUGCAAGCAUUUCGAGCUCGGUGGUGACAAGAAGACGAAGGGCGCGGCUCUGGUGUUCUGA